AAACUCCCUCUGCUCCAAACGUCCUCACCUCCUCCGCCGUUAUAAGCCCAAUUCACCAGGACAAUGUUCCUCCAACGCACAGCCUUCGCCCUCGCGCGGCGCGCUCCCAUCAGGGCCGUCGCUGCCCGCCCUUUCUCCUCCUCCGUCAUCCGCUCCAACAAGGCGAAGUACGCUGUUGAGAAGGAUGGCAAGAUCCUUUCUUUCGAAGAGAUCAAGACUGAGGAGGACCUCGUCCCCCCCGGUGCUAAGGCCGGUUCCGUUCCCUCCGACCUCGAGCAGGCCACUGGUCUCGAGCGUCUUGAACUCGUCGGAAAGAUGCAGGGCAUUGACAUCUUCGACAUGAGGCCCCUCGAUGCCUCCCGGAAGGGAACUCUCGAGAACCCCAUCAUCGUCAACGGUGCUGGUGACGAGCAGUACGCUGGUUGCACCGGUUUCCCCGCUGACUCCCACACCGUCAACUGGCUGACCGUCUCUCGUGACCGCCCCAUCGAGCGCUGCGGCGAGUGCGGCAACGUCGUCAAGCUGAACUACAUCGGACCCUUGGAGGACGCCCAUGACCACGAUCACGGCCACGGCCACGGCCACCCCGCUCCCGAGGAGCCCAAGACUUUCGCCGACUACGUCAAGCCUGAGUACUGGUACCGGUAAAUAUUUGACACAAUAAUAGCUCAGUCAUCUUUUCGCCUCGCGGUGAAAAGAAUGGAGGAUUUAUGAAAAAGAGAGAAGGAGGUGGCUGUAUCAAUCCGGCAUUUGUCUCUUGUAGAAUAGUUGAGUUGAAAGAAGUGAUUGGUGUCUAAUUGAUUAUUGGUUUUUUUCGC